AUGACAGGCUGGAUUUCUUCUCCAUCAUAUCCAAUAUUCACCGGCGAAAACUACGACUACUGGAGCGUGAAGAUGAUGAUGUUGUUCCGAUCACUGAAUCUAUGGGAGAUAGUUGAAGAUGGCAUUUCGACCGAAGUUGUCAGUACCUCUAAUGGUUCUUCUAAUCUCACGCAAAUCCGGGUGGACAAACAAAAAGAUGCAAAGGCGCUCUUCAUUCUUCAACAAGCUGAAAGUGACACUAUCUUUCCAAGGAUAAUGUGGGCUUCUUCAUCGAAACAAGCAUGGGAGAUCCUGCAGGAGGAGUUUCAAGGAAACUCCAAAAUAAGAACAAUAAAAUUACAAGCCUUGUCCGAGCAAAAGAAAGAAUGGUUUCUUGAUAGCGGGUGCAGCAAUCAUAUGACUCAAGAUGAGAGUCUAUUCACUCAUAUUGAUAAGUCUGUAUGUGCUAAAAUAAAACUUGGAAAUGGAGAAAUGGAGAGAACAAGGCUCAUAAGAGAUGUUCUUCUGGUUCCAAGCCUUGAUCAAAGUCUUCUCAGUGUUUGGCAGAUGAUGCAGAAUGG